AUGACUACCCUUCAGACGGCUCAGACAAAGUUCGCUUCUGUUGAUGGAGUGAAAGUUGCGUACCGGCGCUUUGGAAAGCAGAGCACCUUUCCGUUGCUAUACGUCAACCACCUCAGGGGCGCAAUGGAUGUCCUCGACCCUCUUCUCUUCAACACCAUUGCCAAAAACCGAGACGUCAUUCUAUAUGACAGUUUCGGUGUUGGCCACAGUGAAGGCAAUGUACCAGAGUCUACCGCAACUAUGGCUUCCAUUGCUGCCAAAUUACUGGCUGCCAUCGGAGUCACCAAAGCAGACGUCAUGGGCUUCUCGAUGGGCGGAGGCGUUGCGCAGAUCCUGGCCUGGGACUACCCAGAGCUGGUCCACAAGCUGGUUCUAGCCGGUACACAAUCGGCCAUUGGGGACGGGGUAGUCUUGCCCCCACGCGAGGUGCUUGAGAGCGCCGCUGCGAAUAAUGAUGAACCUCCAGCGGAGCAAGAUAUGCAUGGUUUGUUCUUCUUCCCGUCGGAGUCAAGCCUGGCGAUUGGGAAAGAUUGGUGGAAGAGAAUUCAUGAACGACAAGUGAAUGGGGAAGAACGAAAGGGAUUCCUUAUCGGACAGGGGGCACGGGCGCAGCUAACAGCCAUCUUAUCCUUUACUGUCGAUCUCGACAACUUUGACCGCCUCAAAGACAUCAAAGCCCCAACGUUGGUUACGAACGGGCACACCGACGUCAUGUCGCCUACCCCCAUCUGCAUUUGA